UAUGUUAAUGAGGUUACAAAAGAAUAGAUCUUAAUGUGUGGCAUACAAUAAUUUAUGAUUGACGAGAGACUAUAUUUUAGUUGCUUUAGUUUAUGAAUAUACGAAAAACACAUUUAUAUUGAAUAUACUAGCUGAAUAUUCGGCAUGUCAUCCACCAAAAGAAUGAUGAUGAAUGCUUCUAUUUUAAAAGCUAUUAAUAAUUAAAAAGUAAAUAUAAAUAAAAACCUCCCUUUGCGUAGUCUGUUAGCUUAGUUGGUAGAGCCUCGUGCUAAUAACGCGAAGGUCGUGGGUUCUAUCCCCACAUGGAUCAGCUUUUUUAUAUGAUAAUGUAUUAAAAAAAAUAGAUGGACCGCUACUGCAUUCAAUUGACCGAGUCGAAAUUAAACGCACAUGCAAAGGCAGAUACAAAUGCGAACAAUUGAUAGCCGCAGUGAAUGAAUUGAAAUUCAGAGAUAAAAAGUCUCCUUGAAUAGCAGUAAACACCUUAUCGUUUACGUAAGUGUGCCGAAUAUGAUCCAAUAUCGCAGGGCAUUCCGUGUAUCGGUGUUUCUUGCUUCACUAUAUGAACCAAUGAAAACAAACUCUACAAGGAAAUAUAUGUAGAUGUAAUUCCGAUUGCAUGUGAUCAUUCCCACGCGAUACUUUAUAACACUACUUAACGGUACGAGCAAGUCAUGAAUCGCAUAGGAUGGAUAAAACCACUACUUGGAAAGGGAAGCUUAACCUCCUUUCCAGAGCGUGAUUUUUCAUUGGGCACAGCCCUGAAUUUUAACAUCGAUAAGAUACUUAUAGCGAACAGAGGAGAAAUAGCAUGCCGCAUAACCAAAACGGCCAAAAGACUUGGUGUAAAAGUUGUUGCGGUAUACAGCGAUGCAGAUCGACAUGCGAUGCAUGUCAAUUUAGCAGAUGAAGCGUAUAAUAUCGGCCCUGCUCCUUCUGGUCAGAGUUAUCUUCGCCAGGAUAAAAUUAUAUCUAUUGCCAAAAGGUCAAAAUGUCAGGCCAUACAUCCAGGAUAUGGAUUCUUGUCGGAAAAUAUGGAAUUUGCAGAACUCUGUCACAAAGCGAAUAUAAUUUUUAUCGGGCCUCCUGCGAGUGCAAUCCGAGACAUGGGUAUAAAGAGUACUUCGAAAGCUCUCAUGGAUUCUGCUGGAGUUCCUAUUGUCAAAGGUUAUCAUGGCGAAGAUCAAUCAAACGGAACAUUACUAAAGGAAGCAAAAUGCAUUGGAUUUCCAUUGAUGAUCAAAGCAAUCAGAGGUGGUGGAGGAAAAGGUAUGAGAAUUGCAAUGAAGGAAGAGGAUUUCCUGGAAACACUAGAAUCUGCUCGAACCGAAUCUCAGAAGGCCUUUGGUGAUUCCGGUGUUUUGUUGGAACAAUAUAUUGCUCAACCGAGACACGUAGAAGUACAAAUUUUUGCUGAUAAACAAGGGAAUGUCGUCCACUUGUUUGAGAGGGAUUGUUCCGUACAAAGAAGGCAUCAAAAAAUUAUCGAGGAAGCACCAGCGCCAGGAAUUUCAAAAGAGCUUCGCUCGGAAUUGGGCGCUGCAGCUGUACGUGCUGCAAAAGCUGUAGGAUACGUCGGUGCCGGUACAGUAGAGUUCAUUAUGGAUCGAAACAGUCACAGUUUCCAUUUUAUGGAAAUGAAUACCCGUCUUCAGGUGGAACAUCCUAUCACAGAAGCGAUCACUGGAACAGAUCUUGUCGAGUGGCAAUUAAGAGUGGCAGCUGGUGAAGACUUACCACUUAGACAAGAAGAAAUUCAACUAAGAGGUCAUGCAUUCGAAGCAAGAAUUUAUGCCGAGGAUCCCAGGAACGGUUUUUUACCUGGUGCAGGUCGAUUGUUGCAUUUAACUAUGCCUGUUGUGGAAAAGCAUAUCAGAGUUGAAACAGGAGUAAGGCAAAAUGAUGAGGUCUCGGUGCAUUAUGAUCCAAUGAUUGCAAAAUUAGUGGUUUGGGGAAAGGAUAGAGACGAAGCUCUUCGUGUACUCAGGGCCAAACUCUUCGAAUGUAAUAUCGUUGGGCUUGAGACGAAUGUGGAAUUUGUCAUGGACUUGUGCUCUCAUCCUAACUUCCAGAAAGGUCAUGUCCAUACAGGUUUUAUCGAUGAACACAGUCAAUCGUUAUUUCCCAAAUUCCAAGUACCAAGUAAUGUACUGACUCAAGCUGCUUUAACUUUCAUCUUAUACGAAGAGUAUGAAUGUCUGAAAUCGAUAAUAAACGUUAAAAGUCACAUCGACCCUUUUGCUGUCGAAGCGGGAUUUAGGAUGAAUAAUAUUUCAAUGAGAACGUUUCGUUUUAAUGCACAAGGGGAAGAAUUUGUUAUCGACGUAAAGUAUGUGGAACCAGAAGUGUAUGCCAUCAGAGUUAACAAAUUAGGUCCUUGGAGACAAGCGACAGGAAUAUUAACGAAGAAGGAUAAUAUUAUGGAAUUAACUUCGGAGAUUGAUGGAUUAACAUCCCAAGCAAGAGUUGUAAAGAUCAACGAUGAAUUAAAUCUUUUCGCCAGUAAUCAUAAAUGGCAGUUUACGAUACCAAAGCCAGCAUUUAUUUCUGCUAUCUCUAACGAUGCAGAUGACACGAAAGGAGCAGCGGUGAGUCCGAUGCCAGGGGUUGUUGAAAAAAUUUUUGCAAAACAGGGUGACACGGUACAAAAAGAAGAUCCACUAGUUGUUAUCGUAGCAAUGAAAAUGGAGUACAUCAUCAGAGCGCCGUCAGCUGGGGUGGUCGAGAGUGUCCUGUGUGCGGUUGGUGAAAGCGUUAACAGAAAUAAACUUUUAGUCAAGUUGUCCGAUCCUGUAGAAAAUUCCGGCGGAAAUGCGACGGCAGACGGAAAACCGUCCAGGAAAUUGAGCUCGGUGGCAAGAGCUCUGGCAGCCGUCAAUGCGGUGUCGAGGCAGUACCGACCGGUUGGUGAACGCAUCGUAUAUCCAAGGAACACGAGGACGCUGGCCAAGACCCCCGUCACCGGCGGGGCUCCCAUUCGAGAAGAUGUCUGUAUGGCUCUGAGAACUCUGGUUUUUGGGAGCUGCGCCGGUCCACCGAAACCAGAAUGGGCCAGGACUGGCUUGACGUUCAGGACUUCUGGACAGAGUAUGGCUUUUGGAUUACGAGCACCAAGAAAUUCUACUCGUGGGUUCGUCACCGCCGUCCAGGCCGUCAUGUUGAAACACUACUUGUUCAAAGGCAACAAACAAGAUAAUCGAAUCGUUCCCGACGCGUUGCUGAAGCCGAAUCACGACAAGCAGGUCGAAGUCUUGACGUCUGCCAUCGCGGAAAUUAUUUGGCGAUGUGCCGGUGGAAGCGCGUCUUCGAAUCCCGGAUGUUCGGCCGGCUUCAAUACGGUUAGCAAUGUCAUUUUGCCAAAGGCGAUCGUUGCUUUGCCGCAGGAGACCGCUUACAUGCAACACGGUGUACAGUACUUCCAGGAUGGGUUGACGGAAACCCUCCACCUCUUCGAAUUCACUUCCUUGGACGACCUGGAGAUAUUCGUCAAGAGAUAUCUCUACUUGUUUCAGGACGAGGGAGGACCAGGGGCUAAAUUAUUGUUGUACAGCGCAGUUUUAUCCAGGGGCCUUUCCAAAGUUCGAAGCGACCUCGAAGACUCAAAGACGUCUAUUUUAAGCGGAUGUCCAGAGGAGGGUCCUAUAACGGUUGUAAUGCUGGCUUUGACAGGCAGAGCUUCUCCUCAUCUUCACAACGGGGUUCUUCAUGUCGGGGACGAAGACACCUACGCAGUUCCACAGUGGGGCGUCCUUUUAAGGAGCGAAGUAGGCUUCCUGGUGUACGAAGGCGAAAGCCAAGGAGAAAAGCAGCCAGGAUCUCGUCUGAAGACUCCGAGUUUGCCAAUUUGGAUGACACUCUGCCUGGGUCAUUACGGAGUACUCUUUAACACGAAUCGAGAGCUCUUGAGGAAUUAUCACGCCGAGCGACGGUUCGACGUGCAGUACUACACCUGCGGUGGGAGUCAUGCUACAUUGACCGUGGAUACGAGAGCCCACGACGUGGCCUCUGGUUCCGAUGCGUCCACCAAGGACUCCUUGGACAUGGCAGCUACUCCCCUGGAAAAACUUAUUCACUCCAAGUGGCAAGACGCCCAGAUCCAAUGGAAUGGAACACCGGUCCUGUAACGACGAGUCGACGGACACGGGUCGUAUGUCAACGGAAGGUGUCACGUCGUAGUGCACUACGUGCGAUAACUCCACCUGUAAAUAAUACCUUAGUUUACUUAUCGUUAAAUAAUCGUUACCAAUACGUGUAGCGUAUCGGCGCAGGUCGUUCAUCCGUUGCGGCAGUUCCGAGUAGAAGAGAUCGCUCUCCCUCUCUCUUUCGCUUUCACGCAUUCGACGCGACGUCGAAACGCGAGGAAAAAGAGACGGGGAUGUUGCAAGGGAAUCGAAGGUGAGUCUUCACUAGGGGUUGUCGAAAAUGCCGAUCGAUCCGCCUAGGAAACGGUUCACCGUCCCCUGACUUACGCGAUCGCGCCGCGAGGCACCGAAAAAUUCUUACUCGGAGAAAACCAGAAGAUAAAAUGAUUAAAAACUGAAUAAAUUGAGG